AAUCCUCUUGCCAACUUGAGAUCGGUCAGGAGGAAGUCUUGUAGGCUGCUUCUGUAGGCCACAUACACGGGAUGAUAAAGGACACGAAUAAAUCUAGGAGUGUCACUUUCACGAGGAAAUGACAAGACAGAGCUCCACAAGAGUCUGUUGCAAGUGUGUGGCUGCUGGUAAGCUUAAUGAGGGUGGCCUUGGCAUCUGUAAUCUGUUACAUCCAGACAGAUGACUUCUUAAUUCUGCCAGAUGCAGGGGUUGGAAUAGAGCUCCUUUGAGUUUCAGGACAUGUUUGUGGCUUCCGAGCAAGUACAGUCUGCAAAGGAGACGCUGGAGGAUGUGUCAGCCCAAACUGGAUACCUGUGAUCUCUCGUAUGUGGAAGGAACGCUAGCAGAAAGGUGAAAAAAUGGGUGUUAAAACAUUCACUCAUAAUUCCCCUGCUCACAGUCAGGAGAUGCUUGGAAAGCUGAACAUGCUUCGCAACGACGGACAUUUCUGUGAUAUCACCAUUCGCGUCCAGGACAAAAUCUUCAGGGCGCACAAGGUGGUUUUGGCAGCCUGCAGCGACUUCUUCCGAUCCAAACUCGUCGGCCAAGCAGAAGACGAGAGCAAGAGCGUGUUAGACCUGCACCAUGUGACAGUGACUGGUUUUAUACCUCUUCUGGAAUACGCUUACACGGCAACGCUGUCCAUCAAUACAGAAAACAUUAUUGACGUGUUGGCCGCAGCCAGCUAUAUGCAAAUGUUCAGCGUUGCCAGCACGUGCUCCGAGUUCAUGAAGUCGAGCAUCUUAUGGAAUACGCCCAACAGCCAGCAGGAGAAGGUGCUAGACGCAGGCCAGGAGAACAGUGCAAACUGCAAUUUCACUUCGCGAGACGGCAGCCUUUCUCCGGUGUCUUCUGAGUGCAGCGUGGUGGAAAGAACCAUUCCCGUGUGCCGAGAGUCACGAAGAAAGCGCAAAAGCUACAUCGUUAUGUCUCCUGAGAGCCCCCUCAAGUGUAACACCCAAACAAGUUCCCCCCAAGUGCUGAAUCCUUCAACUUCUUACCCGGAGUCCAGAAAUCAGCCUGUAGACUCCUCCUUAGCUUUUCCCUGGACUUUUCCUUUUGGAAUUGAUCGAAGGCUUCAGUCUGAGAAGGUGAAGCAGGUGGAGAACUCUAGGACUUUGGAAAUGCCCGGGCCCUCGGAGGCCAACCGAAGAAUUGCAGACUACGUGACGUGUGAGAGCACGAAAGCCAGCUCGCCCCUCGUGAUCGAGGAAGACGUGCGUGUCAAAGUGGAGAGGUUAAGUGAUGAGGAGGUUCAUGAGGAGGUAUCGCAGCCUGUUAGCGCGUCCCAGAGCUCCCUGAGCGAUCAGCAGACGGUCCCAGGAAGCGAGCAAGUUCAGGAAGAUCUCCUGAUCAGCCCACAAUCUUCCUCUAUAGGCUCAAUAGAUGAGGGGGUUACGGAGGGAUUACCCACACUCCAGAGUACCUCUGGCACUAACGCUCAUGCAGAUGAUGAUGAUCGUUUGGAGAACGUUCAGUAUCCCUACCAACUCUACAUUGCUCCUUCUACCAGCAGCACAGAGAGACCCAGCCCAAAUGGUCCAGAUAGACCUUUUCAGUGUCCAACCUGCGGGGUCCGGUUCACUCGCAUUCAGAACUUAAAACAACACAUGCUUAUCCACUCAGGCAUUAAACCAUUUCAGUGUGACCGCUGUGGGAAAAAGUUCACCCGAGCUUACUCGCUAAAGAUGCAUCGCCUGAAGCACGAAGGUAAACGCUGUUUCCGGUGCCAGAUAUGUAGUGCCACUUUCACUUCCUUCGGGGAAUAUAAACACCACAUGCGGGUUUCCCGGCAUAUUAUCCGCAAGCCUCGGAUUUACGAGUGCAAAACAUGUGGCGCCAUGUUCACCAACUCUGGAAAUUUAAUCGUUCACCUGAGGAGCUUGAACCAUGAAGCGUCAGAGCUAGCAAACUACUUCCAGAGCAGUGACUUCCUAGUACCGGACUACUUAAACCAGGAACAAGAAGAGACCCUCGGGCAGUAUGAGCUAGGGGAGCAUGGCUUUGAAAGCAACUCUUCUGUCCAAAUGCCUGUCAUUUCACAGGUCUCGUCAACUCAGAAUUGUGAAAGCACUUUCCCCUUGGGGUCUCUGGGUGGGUUGGCAGAGAAGGAAGAAGAUGUGCCAGAGCAGCCAAAGACUAACGCCACUGCUGAGGCAACCGCAGGUGACCCUCCGAAACCGGAGCUGUCAUCUAUUACUAUUGAAUAAUUCAUGGUUUGGUUUAAUUUUUGUUCUUUGGAAAGUGCCUGUGUUUGGUCCUGUACAUUUUAAUUUAAUUUUUUUUAAACAAAAUUGGGGAGAUUUUCCCUUUUUUACUUUGUAAGCUACGCUUUAAACAGAAAACUGCAACAGAUGUUACAUUAUUUUUCAUGACUGAAUGAUCACUUCUGUGAAAAUAUUUAAGACUGAAUGCACAAAAAGAUCUUGUCAGAACAUCAUGGAAGCUGUGAUACACUUCUAAAGAAGAACAACUGAUUCAGAUCACUUUAACUAUUUCUUCUUCCACAGUUAGAACAGCUCAUUAAGUUUCUCUUGCUUCUGCAGACCCUCUGGUUAAGGGAAAGAAAUCAGAGGAAACCUUUUUAAAAUGACAAACAAAAGGAUGCAUUGGAAAUCAUUAUUGAACAUCUUUGACUAGUUUUGAGUGGAUGCUUUAAUCUUCUGCAUAAAAAAUGACACUUCCUAUCACUGUGCCUGCUGUUUUUCAAAGCGCUUACUGUAACCCUUUUCUCGGAAAUGGUAAGCAUUUUUGAAACUAACAGUCACACACUUUUUAAAAACACAUUGUCCCUUUUCAUCUCAGAUAAAUCAGUUUUGACAAACCAAGUGAUAUCAUGCCAGGUAUUCCUACUUCUUAUAUUCCAGUCCUUUUAGAAACUGCUUGAUCAAAUAGCCUGUCUGGAUUUGCCUGUCUAAGGUUAGGCAUGGACAUACUAUGGCCAGGAAAAUUCUAGUGAUGCAUAAUGAACUGAGGAGGAUAGAGAAGUGUAUAUCCACACAAGCCUGAUAAAUAUCUCAUGACUGUAUCUUUCUGUAGAAGGGAAACCAUGCAUGAAAAUGAAGGUUUUCCCGAAGUGAAAUUCUUAAAUCUUGGCCAGAUUGUUUGCAGUUCUGGUCACUUCCCCCUGUCAUAAAUACUGUAUUUUUACUGAUCUCCAAAAGCUAACUAGAGGGAGUUUACAGAUGGGGAAAAAAAUGAGCUCUUUUGUGCAUUAUUGCACAUUUUUUGUUUAUACAUAUGCAUGUAUAGUUUCUGAGAUUUUUAUUAGUCUGUUUUUGGACAAAACAAGCAAUUUAUUCUCUUCAGAGGCCAACUUUCUAACCCAACAGGGGGUUGUUUACAGAAAGCCUAUAUAGUGGUGAUGAAUUGUUCCUGUUUCAAAACAUUUUAAAUCCUUGCCAACUCAGUUUAUUAAAGGCCAUUACUCCAGCUACAUACACAGCUCAAGUAAGCAAUAAAUUGAAAGAUUUGCAAUUUCAUUUUUUCCAUAUUUAGAAAAAGCUUCAAAUUUAGGGUGUGGGAUUUUCAGAGCAGUGAUUCUUGUUUGUUGAGGCUGUUUUGGCUAUAGUACUGCUUUGAAAGCUGAAUUAGGAAAUACAUUAGGAGGUUUUUGAUUUUUUUAACUGCUUCUGAAGUUAACUCGAUGUUUGAUGCCAAAUGCCUAUAGCCUACAGAUGACAUGCUGAGAGAGUAGGUAUUACGUGAUCUUAGUAUUCCAAAGGCAUGAUAUACUCCCUUAGUUUUGAAUCUUGAUUUUAAAUUACUGUUUUCUAUCUGGAUUUGCUUUAUGCAAACACGAGGAGGAAAUGAAACCGAUAGAGAAAGGUUGCUCUUGAAGAAACAGAAGACACUAAAGUCAUAUUAUAUUGCAAGAUCAAUUUGUAUUCAGUUAGCUUAGGUGGCUCUGAUACUCUGUAGGUCUGAGUUGUUUCUACUAAUAGCCAGCUUUUGUAAAGAAAAAAGCUUAUUGCCCUUUGGAAAGAGCUUAAAGGGUUUCAGUGACUUUAACAAUUCUUCUCUGCUGUGUUUUAGGUACAAAACUUACUAGUUAAAUAGAGGGAAAACAGUCAGGAUUUCAGUCCUUUCCAAGUUACUGGAGUGAAGUUUCUCCACCAGAUUCGAAGGGUGUUUUAUAAACAUGCUGCAAAGAAGUUCUCUGCUACAAUUCAGUCUUGCUGUCUACCUUUUGUACGUCUUAAAAGGGCUUGAAAGAGAAAUUGUUUUUUAGGGAUACUGUACUGUGAGUCAGUCCAGUGUCUUUUUGAUGGGCUGAACUUAAAGACCAGUUCUCUUCCACUUCUGAUUUCUGUAACUGAAAAGCCAGUGAGACAAGGAGAUGCCUUUUUCUGAGUUUUCUCUUGACUUAUAGGGCUAUGACACUGAACUCAAAUAUAGGGUUUUCUUUUUUGUGAUAAGUGUUAUUUGUCUUUCCAGGUAUAUAAGAAUCCUUUGUGAUUCUUGUAGCAAAAAGUACUUACACAGAAAUACAGUUUCAGAAUGUACAGGUGUAAUAUUCAAAGGUCAGAUGUAGAUGGGCAUAAUCUUCUAUUAGAAUAUGAUAAUUUUCACCCAUUAGAUACUUUGCUAAGAAAUUUGUUGGUGAGGAGAUGUGCAAAUACAGAACAGACAUAUCUGGAUAUUGCAUUUUUAAAAGACUUAAAAUUUUGUGUCAGAAGGCAAACUGCCUUCUGAAUACCAAAGAGAAAUUUAAAAAGUUAAAAAAAAAAAAAAAAGAACAACAAAAAACAACUUUGUAGCUCUAAUCUGUUCUUCCUUGAGAAGAAAUGAGUAUCAUUAACUGUUAACACCUUGGUACAAGACAAGUCUUGGGUUUUGUUUUUCAUUGCAGUGUUACACAUUAUCUUUUCAGCCCCGUAAUCUCUGUGUAACAUCUGAAUUUUUUUUCUCACUUUUCAGUCUCAUUUCACUGCAGGGGCAGUAGAGUUCUUAGAGGGUUUAUUUGUUUGUUUUUUUUAGGGUUAGGCUUAUUUGUUAACUUUCCUGUUUGUAAUUGUUUCUUGUUAAUAUCUCUUUUCUCCAUAGAACUUACCACAAAUUAAAUACAAAUACCCUUUUAUUUCUCCUCCCUAACUUGUUGGAAGUGUUCAGUUCUUUGGAAUGCUGGUGUUCUUCACAGGAGAGAUGUAAAAACAUAAAACAUCAUAAAACAAGCUCUGUUGCUAAUACUUGGAUUCCAAUUUGAGUGAGAUAGAUAUCUAACUAAACUAGAAGAAACUUGCCUUAAACUGCACUUGGGAUUAAUCCUAAAGGUUCUUUCAAUACAUUAUCAGAGCAUUUUGAACCCUGGACUGCAUUUUCAUAUCACCCCCUCCCACCUACCCUCACCCUCAAAAAAAACCUACCCUAAGUUAUUUGGUUUGCAUUUAUAGGUGUGCGUGACUGGGAUCACAGAAUAGUUGAGAUUGGAAGAUUGGAAGGGACCUCUAGAGAUCGUCUGGUCCAGACCCCCUGCUCAAGCAGCAGUCAGCAAGGACAGGUUGCUCAGGACCUUGUCCAGUCAGGUUCUGAAUAUCUCCAGAGAUGGAGACUCCAUGAUUUCUCUGGGCAGUCUAUUCCACUGUUUGACCACCGUUACCUUAAAAAUGUUCUCGUGUUUAAAUGGAAUUUCUUGUACUUCAGCUUGUGCCCACUGAGAAAAGUCUGGCUCCAUCUUCUUUUCAUCCUCCUAUCCAUUAGUUAGACACGUUGGUAGGGUCCCCCAAGCCUUCUGUUCAAAACAGUCCCAGCUCUCCCAGCGUGUAUCGCGAGAUGCUCCGAUCCCUUCACCAUCUUCCUUUCCCUUCUAAGUGGUCGAGAAUUUCUUCCAAAUAGCCACACGUAAGACCCAUUGCGGCAGUUUCUGCCCCAGUGAGUUGUCUCCACAUUCAUUCACAAGUGACGCAAAUGUGUUUUACUUCUGUGUAUCCUUCUAUGCAGUGCCAUUCUUUGCACUCAGUGGAAAAUCCUUUCCUCACCCAUUUAUUUUGCAAGUAGAGUGCCUUCACUACCACAGAACUAGCAAGAUUCUGCCGUAUGCUGGGGUCCCGGGUUCUUGGAGUCUGAUUGGGGUCUUUCUCCCUUGCAUAUUGUGCAGUAUGUCUGAUGAGAACAACGGGAAAGCAGGGGAAAGUGGUUUUUUUUUUUCUCUGACUGAAUGUGGUGUUUCAGAAGAGGGGAUAACAUUCAGAAGCUAUCUCUUUCCCCACAAUAAGUGGAAGAAAAAAGAAGUGCUGUUUUAGCUGUGUGGGAGAUUUGGCCAAAUCGUAAGGGUUUGUUUUGUUUUUUUGAUGCAGACAUAUAGCACAACUCCCCUGGAAAUCCAUGGGGAUGCCUUCACAUUCAGCAAAUUAAGCUCCCUGUCAGAACUGCUUGUCACUUUUCUUACACCACAUUAAAAAAAGAUGUGUGUUGCUGAUGGUUUGUCUGUCUUGCUACAGUUUGAGUUCAGUUGUCAGGCUCGCAGAUAGUGUAGUCAAGUCUCUCAUACUGAGAGAUUAGUAGACUAGGUUAUUGAAAAUGGUUCUGGGUUCACAUGUUUCUUGAGUCUAAAAGGUGUGAAUUUAAACUUUUUUAAAAAGUACUAGCUGCCAAUGCAGUAAAAUAUAUUUUAUAAGACUAUGAUCCCUAUAUGUCCCUUACGGGAUAAAAUUUUAUUGUUUUUAAGCUAUGGUUUAAAGUUUUUAUAUGAGGGCUUCAGUUGCUUCUUGGUUGCUGGCUUUCCCCUCCAGCCCCAGGACAUAAGAGCACUGAGACUAUUGCCAGUCUCUCUCUGAGACGCACCAUGAAGCAUUUUAUAUGCAAAUAGAACGGGAGCUUUGUGCACCCUGCAGGGAUGGAGAAAAUGCAGAUGUAGGAGCGCCUGUUGCUCCUAGAUCCAUUGCAACUUCCACACCAUCAGAAUAAGGAAAAUAGCUAAUUUUCAUUCAGCUCGAUUAAGUUCGAAUUUUGCGUACAAGGUGAAACCCAGCUUCGGAGGGUUCUCAUCUCCAAUUACGGACAUAAUAAAUUCCAUAGCAUCUUGAUGACAGAUAAGAGGGUUCAAGGCCAGACUGCGCCUCAGCCACAUCAGAGGUCCCUAGUGAGGAGAGUCGGUUCAAAGUAUUUGAGGAAAUGUACCAUGAAAAAACAAAUGUGAAAUUUUUUUAAUGCAACAGUACUUAACUGCUCUGGGUUUUUGUUAACUCAACGUGUGCUGUCACAGUAAUUCAGUGCCCCACAGGUCUCAACUACAAAUCUGGUUGCACUAAAAAAAAAAAAAAAAAAAGGAGAGCCGAAUUAGUUUCUGGUGCUGCCAGCCUGUGUGGCUACUGUACCUACAGUCUUCCUGAGGGUUGCUGAAGUCCCCAGAGGAGUGAUUUUGUUUAACCAUUCAUUUCGCUGAUGCAUGCUUUUGAUAUUCUGACUUAUAGCCCUGGCUACACAAAUUUCUUGGACAGCUUCUUUGCCCUGUUCCUGCAGUGCCUUCGCUCUAGGUGCUGCCCUGUGGUGAAACCCUGAAGAGGGAAAGAGUAAAGCUGGAGGAAAAAUGUGAAAUAAAUUAUUGUUGGGCUUCUUUGUGCAUUUUAGUAACAGUGAAACCCCCUUAACUGUGCCAGUCUCCGGUCACCAGCCGUAUAUCCAGUCGUCAUCUCAUCCACAGUACAGCUUCUCUUGUUGAUGCUGGCCACAGCUAGAUUACUUGGCAUGUUUAUUGACUUAACAGAAUUGUUUUUUGGUUUUGGUUUUGUUUUUUAAUGUAUACGAUGUUUAAAUACACUUCACAUUUUAUAUAAUACUAUCUGGCUAUUAGUAUUUUUCAGGAACCAUAGUUCUUGGUGGCUAUAUAUAUUUUUGUGACUUUUUUUGUAAACUAAGUGCCGUUUCAACGUUACAAUCAUUUUUAGAGUUAUUGUAAUCAAUGUGAAUAUCAUGUUUUUUCAAAUCUGUUCUGAGCCUGUAGUGUUUGCUUUGUGAUCAUAUGUGUAAUGUAUAUAUUCUGUAUAGUUACAUUGUAUUGAAAUACUAGCUUGUUUGAUAUAAGAAAAGUAUGUAUUGGGUACCUUUUUGCUAGCCUGGUUGUUUAAUCUUUAAAAAAAAAAUGUUCUAAAAUACAAAAAAAAUUAUCCAAACUGGUCCCAUUAUAGGUCAAAAUUAAGGGGGGAGAAAAACUAGUUUUGAGUGUCUUUGGAUAGAAACAUGAAGCUAAGAUUUUUCAUUAAAAUAUUAAUGUUUUAUGGAGUAUAUCUUUGCUUUGUGUCGUUCUUUAACUACACCAGACUUUGUCUUAUAGUACAAAAGACUUGACCUUGUGUAAGAAGGUGCAGCUCUGUUGCUAGAGCUACGUUCUCUCAUAACUUUUGCUUAUAAUUAGUCUCAAAAUAGUUGAAUAUGAGGAGAACUCACUGUUGCUCAAGCUGUCUUUGGAGGAAAGGUAGUUUAAAACAGACCAAGCAUUAGUAAACGAUUGGAGGAGUUACAUGAGUAAAGAGUAUUAAGAGUAAAGUAAACAUUGUUUAAUUUUCCAUUGUAUAUUACAUUUCCUUUUGUUAAUGUUCUCUUUUAGGCUGCAUUCUGCAAAAGCGGUGGGGCCAUCUUUUGAAUGGGGCUUUAUUGAUGGAAAGCCAGCCAAGAAUGAGGCUAAUCAAAUUAGUCAAAGGAGAAGAUGUUUAAAAAGGACAGUAGACAGA